CGGCGUGCGGGGCGGGGCGGGGCGGGCGGCAGGGCAGGGCCGGGCCCGCGCAUCCCCUCAGAGCCGCCGCCAUGGACAGCAGCGGCAAGGAGCGCGAGGCCGUUCAGCUCAUGGCCGAGGCCGAGAAGCGGGUCAAGUCCUCGCACUCCUUCCUCAGGGGGCUCUUCGGAGGAAAUUCAAAGGUAGAAGAAGCCUGUGAAAUGUACACCAGGGCUGCAAACUUGUUCAAGAUCGCCAAAAACUGGAAUGCUGCAGGAAAUGCAUUUUGUCAGGCAGCCAAGCUCCAUAUGCAACUACAGAGUAAACAUGAUGCAGCCAUUGGUUUUGUGGAUGCUGGGAAUGCUUACAAAAAGGCAGAUCCACAAGAGGCUAUGAACUGCUUAAAUGCAGCCAUCGAUAUUUACACAGACCUGGGCCGAUUUACGAUUGCAGCCAAGCAUCACAUCACCAUUGCAGAGAUUUAUGAGACCGAGCUGGUAGAUAUUGAAAAGGCAAUUGCACAUUAUGAACAAGCUGCAGAUUACUACAAAGGAGAAGAAUCCAACAGUUCAGCUAACAGGUGUCUGCUGAAGGUGGCUGCAUAUGCUGCUCAAUUAGAGCAGUACCAGAAGGCAAUUGAAAUCUACGAGCAGGUUGGAACAAAUACCAUGGAUAAUCCUUUGCUCAAGUACAGUGCAAAAGAGUAUUUCUUUAAAGCUGCUCUCUGCCACUUCAUUGUGGAUGAGCUGAAUGCUAAGCUUGCUCUUGAGAAGUAUGAAGAAAUGUUCCCAGCAUUCACAGAUUCGCGAGAGUGCAAGCUAGUGAAAAAACUGCUGGAAGCCCAUGAGGACCAAAACUGUGAAGCGUACACUGAGGCAGUUAAGGAAUUUGAUUCCAUAUCUCGCUUGGAUCAGUGGCUUACGACUAUGUUGCUUCGCAUCAAAAAAUCACUUCAAGGAGAUGGUGACGGAGACCUAAAGUGAAUUAUUUGUGGUAUAUGUGGCAUGUUGCCUAACUCCUAAAUAAUCUGUUUUUGUGUAAUGGCCAUGGACCAUUAUGGGAUACUUGACACUACACCUAGCUUAAUUUUGUUGCUUAUGAACCAAAUGACUUGUAUUGUUAGUAUCCUGGUGUCUUUUUGAUGACAUGGAUGGAUAAGAAAUGAUACUCCUAGGUAUUGCUGACAGAUCUUCCAUAUGAGAGCAAUAGAGGGAUUCACAAGACUUUUGAGAUCAGUGAAAGAAAUGCUUGUGGCAAAAAUCUUUAUUUUUGGUAGCUGAUGAGCCAAAAGUCUUUCAUUUUUAACUUUUUUUUUUUUUUUGCCGCCAUUUCUCUACUAGCUCAUCGUCUUCAACACUUUUGAUCCAUGCUUGUAAAUAUCUAUCCAUGACAUACAGUACAUACAAUAUUUUCUGAUCUAAUGCUAAUGUAUUGCUAAAGUUCUGUGGUUUUUAAUGGACCUUAGUGAGACAUGUAGAUUUUUGUUUUUAAAAUGAUCAAGCUAUUUUAAUGAUGCUAGUGAAAUGCUUGUGAUUUUUAGAUACAGUGUGUGUGUAUAUACUAUACAGAUACGUGUGCGCAUGAAUAAAUACAUAAUGACCUGGGUCUAAAAACACUAAUCUUCAUAGGUGAGGGGUCUGCAUAUAAUGUUCAAUUACCUUCUCCCUAAACCAUUCAUUAAAUAGGACCUAGCUUAUCAUGUAUUUUCUAUUUAAGAA